UACAAGAAAAUAGUUACUUUCUCCCCAAGCAAUCUAUUCGACAUUCCAAAAUGCAACGCAACGAAAGACUUAAUUAAGGAAGUCGAAUUCUUAAUUAAAGAGUACACAAACGGCAGCUUCCUCCAACCGAUUGCUCUAAAAACAAUCGCUAUUCUACCUCAUCUCAUAUGCCAAAGAACACAUACAAAAUCCAAGACCGCAGAUGAUGUAAAGGCUAUGAAAAGGAGGAUGGAGCGAUGGAAAGUAGGAGAUGUUACUGGACUCCUGAAAGAGGCAAAAAACCUACAGGAAAGACACAGAAAAACAAUUGCAACAAGAAAAGAGAUGGACAAAUCAAGGAAAUUUGCCAGUCUAAUGAAACAAGGCAAAGUGACAAAGGCAGUAAGGGUCCUAACAUCAAAUGAAACAACAGGGACAUUACCCUUAAAUGAAAACACCCGUCGCUUGCUCAAUGAAAAGCACCCGCCUGCAAAGGAAGCGGCGGCGGGAACGAUGUUUCGUGGAGAGUAUAAUCCCCCACCUCCGGAGAUCUUUGAGCGAAUUACCGGCGAAAAGAUAAGAACACAUGCAUUGCAUACACAUGGUGCAGCUGGACCUUCUGGACUCGACGCAAAGGCAUGGAAAACCAUCCUGAGCAGCAGCAAGUUUGGGUCAGCUGCAAAUGACCUUUGCAAAGCCAUUGCAUCUCUUGCUAGAAAACUUGCAACAGAAAACUGCAACAACCUGGAUGCCCUCACAGCUUGUCGUUUAAUUGCCCUCGACAAGAAGCCCGGAUGCCGCCCUAUUGGCAUUGGAGAAGUCUUGCGACGAAUCAUCGGCAAGGCAAUCAUGAACGUUGUCGGAGACGACGUUAGACAAGCCGUAGGAAAUUUACAGGUGUGUGCAGGUCAACAGGCAGGGUGUGAGGCAGCAAUCCACGCCAUGAGAAACAUCUAUGAAGAGCCGGAUUGUCAGGCCGUACUCAUGGUAGAUGCUACAAAUGCCUUCAACAACAUCAACCGGAAGGCAACAAUCCACAAUAUAGAGGUCAAAUGCCCAAGCCUCGCACAAUACAUUAAGAACACCUACAACAAUCCAGCAGAGCUCCACAUAGUCGACAAUAGAACAAAUACUUAUGAGAUGAUAGCUUCAGCCGAGGGCACAACACAAGGUGACCCAGUUGCCAUGGCGAUGUACGCCAUCGGUCUCCUCAGGCUACAAACAAUAAUUGACCACACAACAACAGAUAUAAAGCAAGUUGCCUAUGCCGAUGACCUGACCGGAGCAGGGAAAAUUAAGAACCUAAGGAAGUGGUGGAAUCUCAUUGAGACACAUGGCCCUCCACAAGGAUAUUCUCCGAACGCCGCCAAAUCGGUUUUAAUUGUAAAACCGGAAUAUCUCGGACAAGCCAGAGAAGCCUUCCGAGAAACAAACGUGAUUAUAAAGGCCGGCGGUGAAAAACACCUUGGGGCAGUUCUUGGCAAGUGGAUGAAUGGAGAAGGGAAGUGAUAGAGCUGGCAGAAAUCGCAAAGAAGGAACCGCACUCGGCAUAUACCGCCUUCACCUUCGGUAUCAAACACAAG